CAAGAGCUUGAGCUGGCUGCCGUUCAUGGGUGUAGCACGGUCUUGGCUUCGUCUGGCAGCUUGUCAAUUUCUGUCAUCUAGGUAAAGUGUAUAGCUGUGGGUCAUGACCAGCGUAUCUGUGUGACUGCGACAUGGCAGCUACCUAGUCAGCGGCUACACUCUCUCUUCCCCUCACCAUCCAUUCAUCCUCGUCACCAGCAUGUUUCAAGACGAUAUCGCUUCCUCUGGCACAGCUCAGCUUUGCAGCUUCAGCAUCGAUUCAGUCGCACAGCAGAGUCUGGACUCAGCGACACUCAAGUUGCUACGAUCCAGGCAGCAGUCUACGAGUACUGUCCCCUCACGCUCCAGCAGCAUCCGUCAGUCCACUCCCUUCCCUCAGUCACUCUUCAGGCGCGUUUCUCCUUCUGCAUCAGUCAAAGAACCUUCGUCUCCUCAGACACGUAAGAACAGUACUGUCUCUGCACGCAAGCUUGACCCAAUCGCACGAUCUCCAUCACCCACCAAGAGUGUGCGUUUCAGUGUUCCGGCAACAUCAACACCCAAGCAAGGCAAAUCACCUGGUAUCAUGUCAGAAGACAUCAGCUUCUUGACAAAGACAUCCUCACGCUUCUCCCCUGCCAUGAUUCCAGCAAAUCACAGCAAAACCCCUGAAACUUGGCGCUACGACUUUUACGAGGACAGGAUGUGUGUUCACGCUGUCAAGGAGCUGGAGUUGUACAAGCUAGACUGGAGUGCACCACUUGAUCAAGACAAACUUCAACAAUUGGCGAGCAAGGCGUGUUCCCUCUUUCUCCACAGUGCAUCAAAGGACAGCGAGAAGGCUGCAGGCUACUUUUCCGUCUUCGCAUACUUGUCCCACCGACUCGUCUAUCAGCUCGCCAACACAGACAAUAUGGAUAAAGUCCAAUGCCUCUAUCCUACAAGCGUGGUGCGGUGCAUGGUCAGGUAUUGCGAUUCAGAUGGUUCUGCUACGCUUCAAAGUGCAAGGGAAUUGAAGCUCUUUGGUGACUACCACAACUUCACAAAAGGUCCUGCUGGGCGCUGAUCAACUUUAAUCAUGCUUUUGUAGAACUAGUAAACUGUUGCUAACAAUAUUUGG